AUGAAUUCAACAGCGCCUACCAUUGGUUCAUUAACGUACGUUUACGUUCAACUUAGACGUUAUUGGAUGCCGAUACUUCUUGCUUUGGGCACUACCAGCAGUGUCUCGAAUGUCGUCAUAUUUACGAGAAAAACCUUACGAACAUCACCGUGUUCAAUGUAUUUCCUUGCUGCAACUAUCAAUAAUAGUUUUGUUCAAUAUACUCUAUUCUUAAAUAUGAUAAUAACCGACGCCAUAAACGACGAUCCCACAACCUACUCAUCAGCCUAUUGUAAAAUCCGAUCGUACUUGAUUUAUGUAUUGUAUACUCUGUCACCUUAUUUCACAGUGCUUGCAUGUGCCGAUCGUUACUGUUCAUCAUCAUCAAAUUCGAGAUUGCGUAAUCUAAGUAAAUUAUCUAUAGCGGGUCGUUUGAUACUUCUCACAACUACAUUCACCUUCCUGAUAUAUUUGCACGUGCUGUUCAAUUUUGAAAUUCAUAAUGGUGCCUGUGGACCAAAAGAUAGUAUAUAUGCCGAAGAAUUGACUAUAAUGCUAAUGUUUUCAUUUUGUCUUCUACCACCAGCAAUAAUGAGUAUUUUCAGUGUACUCGCUUUUCGAAAUAUUAAACAACAACGUCAACGAAUUAUGCCGGUAAAUGCUGUAGGUGGAGCACGUAUGAGACAACGUGAAAGCCAACUAUUAAAGAUGUUAUUUUUUCAUGUACUAGUUAAUAUUUUAUUGGUCACACCAUUCUCCAUUGCCUAUUUAAUGUCUACAAUAUAUUACGAGCUCUAUAUUAACAGUAUAUUUUCAUUCAUAUUUAAUACUCUUAUGCUCGUAAUGUAUUUGAACUAUGCGACAAGCUUUUUUAUUUAUAUUGCAACAACACGUUUAUAUCGACAUGAAUUUAUCAAAGUGCUUAAAAUUUUAAAGAACCAUUUCUGUCGAAUGCCUUUGAUACAACAGCAUUUUCCACAACAACGACAAGAUAACGGCACAACGAGACAUACAACAAGAACGAAUAGUCUACAGAAACUUGUUAUAUUACGAACAACCAUUUGCGGUGUUCAUGAAAAUCGAUCAGUCACGUGA